AUGGCCGAACCCAGUGCAGAUCCGCAUAUCUCGCCACGGGAUCCAGCCUCUGCCUCGCCCACGUUUGUCAAACCAGUCAGUCCGUUGAAAACCGCUUCUAAACAUAGGGCCGACGCGACGGACGACUUUGAGGCGUCGUCAAGACCAGAGAAGAGGCCGAGGCUUGAUGCACCGUCAAUGACAGCUGCUAUUGCUUUUGCUGAAGAACAGGAAAAAGCAGGCGAAAUUUCACAACCAUCCACAGGAACCAGUCCCAACCCAAAGCAACAAGCCCUUCAGGCUCUGAUGGGCACCAACCAAAAUGCGAUGAGCAAAGCUCUACAGUCGGAUCCGGCCUCGGAUCCAGCAACCACUGUUAGUGAACCCCUAGCUGUGGUGGCGGAGAACAUUCAACAAUCUGUUGCUAGCACAGCGGGAGAGACUUCAAUCGGCGAAACCCAUGCCGCUCAGACGAGUCCUACCAGUCUAUCCAGUGUUGGCACGAUCGAGAGCAUACCUGCAGCUUCAGGAAUCACAACCACAGUUGGAAGUCCGCUACCCCUAGAUGAGACCGCCCGUAAAAUCAGUCAAGCUACUGAAGGAGGCUCGAUUUCACCUGGCGAACCUGAAGGCUCCAAGGCAUUCUCUUACCCGACACCCUUGUUGCAAACACCACUAAACGAUGGCGCGAGACGAGGUAUGAGCCUGCCUGGAUCCGGGACCCGACAAGGUACAAGAUCUCCCUCCAGCAAAAAGCACAGAUGCCCCUAUUGUGCCACCGAGUUUACUCGUCAUCACAAUCUCAAGAGCCAUCUGUUAACACAUAGCCAAGAGAAACCCUACGUCUGCUCCACUUGUGAUCUUAGGUUCCGACGGUUACAUGAUCUCAAGCGCCACACCAAGUUGCACACCGGUGAAAGACCCCAUAUUUGUCCCAAAUGUGGUCGGGGUUUUGCGCGCGGCGACGCCUUAGCCCGUCAUAACAAAGGCCCUGGUGGAUGUCCCGGUCGCCGAACCAGCAUGGGGAGCUUUGCUGGAGACGAUGAUGCCGAGGGAGACGAAUCGAUGGAAGGGGUCAUGUACAAUGAACCCGACGCACUGGAGGACGAGGAAGGGAACGAGCAGAGACCAGCAAUACGCCGUCAGGCUCCUUCGGGGGAUGACACGCCAGGUGAUCCUGAUCAUACGUCUCGCAUUCCCAGCACCUAUCCUCCUAUUCAAGGGCGCCCUCCUGGUGGAAUAUCCGGAGGAUUUUUUCCGCCCCGGGCAGGCUAUAGCUCAACCGCCGCAGGCGCCGGUAACGUUGCUCCUGUGACUGCUGCGCCGCCUGGACCUCUGCCUAUGCCGCAAAUGUCCAAUUCCUCGUCAAACUCCAGGCCUUCAGGGCCAGGAAGCACUGUGUUCGCUCAGAAUCCGCUUACCGAAAGCCCUAAGCCACUUUCACCUGGCCAGACACAGAGAGGUUCGGGACCGGCCCCGAGUGAGAAUAGCCUGAACCGAAACCGAUCCCCCAGCGUGUCACACUACCAACAGUCAUCAUACGGUCGGGCAAGUGGUACAUCAUCGUCGUUGAGUUUAAGUUCAGGAGGUCCGCAGUUGCCACCACCAAAUGUUUUGAAUCCACCUGAUGCAAGAUAUACUUUGCCCAGUCAAGGCGGCCCAGCCCACCCGCCAACUCAGCCUAGUGGGCCACCAACACACAUGAGUGGGAGUGGUCCAUUGUCGUCUCACAGCAAUAGCUUGUCUAGUCAUGGACAUUCUGCGCAUGGCAGUGGAGAGGCAUCGAAUCCAAUGUUCACUAACAAGGAUGACCGACUUUGGGCAUAUGUCACGACCCUCGAGCAGCGCAUGAAUGCGAUGCAAGACGAGAUAACUUCUCUCAAGCAUCAAUUGGCAAUGGCAACACAAGCACAACAGCAGCAGAGGAUCUGA